CGAUAGUUUUCAAUGACGUUCAGAAGUUACGUAAUAAUAUUGAAUCUUUGGUAUUGAUUUAAUAAAAUAACGUUCAAAUUUAUACAUUAUUAGAAAGUAAAUAUUUUUUUGGAGAAAAUACAGCAUAACACGCGAUCUUCUUUUCGCUUCUUUGCUUGAUUGUAGAUUGCUCUGAAAUUUGUUCUGGGUUCGAGAGUGCAGUGAUCAGUCCUCUGUUCACCAUCUUGGAUUGAGGGCUGGAAAUGGUAAGUAGUGUAAGAAUAUUCUCAUCGAAUUUGUGAAAUAUAUUUAGAAAUGAAUUUGGUAGGCAUUGUGCUAGCGUGGUGACUGACUACACCCUUUUUCAAAACAUAUAUAUGUUAAUAUUGUUCAUUGUCUUUAUUGGAUUGUAUCAGUCUGGUUGGGACUUACCUUUACCUUCCUCUUAUCGUGACUGCGUAUUUCGUUUUGUCCCGGUACUUAAUGUUAAAUUUAGUCCAAAAGUACACAUUUUCCUCGUAAGGCAUUCGUUUUACUUCACAAGAAUUAUUGUUUGUAAUGCUAUCGUUUUAUCGAUAUUGCCAAUUCUGAAUAAACGUAAAUUUCACGUAUAACCUUAAAUAUAUUUCAGAAAGUGGUACCAAACAUGGCUAGCAGACUACUCAUGUCAUCUCUGCGACAUCUACAGAAAAUACCAAAGGCUGGAAUGAGUAGUGGCCAUUCAAAGAUUGGAGGCAGGGAAGUGGUUGGAUAUGGUUUCAAUGGCCAGCCUAACUAUGUUGAUAGAAUAGAUUUUCCUCUUCCUGCCAUUAGAUUCAAAGAGAACACUCCUGAUAUUCAGGCUUUACGAGAAAAAGAGAAGGGAGAUUGGAGAAAGUUAAGUUUAGAAGAAAAGAAGGCAUUAUAUCGAGCAAGUUUCUGUCAGACAUUUGCUGAAAUGAAAGCACCUACAGGAGAAUGGAAGUCAGUUGUUGGAUUAUCUCUCAUAUUUAUUUCCUUGUCUGUGUGGGUGUACAUGGGCAUGAAGCUUUUUGUUUACAGACCUCUUCCUGAUUCAUUCACUGAUGAAGCUAAAGAAGCUCAACUUAGACGUAUGAUAGACCUGAGGGUCAAUCCAAUUGAUGGAUUGACAUCUAAAUGGGACUACGAACAGGGCAAAUGGAAGUAAAUCCUGAAGAAGAAACUAGUUUCAUUUAUGUAGCUUGGAAAUAAAGAGACAUGUCCCACACAUUACAAAUGUAUAGUAACUUAUCAAAAUCAAUGAAAUAAUGAAACUUCAUCCCACUUUGUGUGUGUGUGUUAAAGGUGUCUGAAUGAUUCACUGCAAUGAUCAUUAGAUUGUAUUUAAUUUUGACUUCAACCUUGUGUAAAAAUUGAAGUUGUAUUCCUGACUACAACUCUGUAUUGACACUGCGAAUGUUAGUCAGCAAUAAAGAAUAUUUCAUUGUUUUGUGUA